UUAUGUAGAGCCGUUAUUACAGCAAGCAAAAUACAUUCACGUUUUAUUUUUUGUUACAUAACGGUUUAUAAUAUCACUGCGUAUCGAAAUUUUAGAUUUUAGUAAGUGAAAAACAGGACGUAUUUAAAUGUUCAUGUUCAGUAAUAACUUUAAAUAUGGGACACUAUCAACAUUGUAAAUCUCCUUGUCGCGGAAUAGUUCAGGACUUUUUACAGUCCGCUCCGUGCCCUCCGCCAAUGUUAAGCCACCGUGAGUUUCGUGUACACGCGCUCAGCAGAAAUCUAACUCACCUGGAUAUAUGCAGUAUUUCGCUGAAGUGCAGACCAGCAGACCCUGAUGUAGAGGAAGACUGUAGAGUAGGAUCAGCUCGAUCUCCGUAUGCUAUAAUCAUCAUUAUUGUGGUGUGUGCUGUUUCCGUUCUUGCUGUUACAUUUUUCAUAAUCCAGUUUGUGUUGAAUAGAAGGCAGGAAAAGAAAAGUAAGCAACAUGACGACGUUCAAGAUCAACCAUUUGAUAGUGCAGGUAACCUGGACGACCGAAGUCCUGCAUCUGAUAUCCAAAUGACAGAAAACAGAGUUGAUGGUGAAGAACACAAUAGAAGAAAAGGCAGUGAUAGUUACGACGGCAAUAAGAGUAAUGAUAAAGAAACAGAAUCCGAUAUUAAAACUUCAAAUGUAUUAGAGCUUUCCCAUUAUUCUGAUGAAGAAAGUUCGACACUGUAUUGUACCAAACUAUGAUACAGUCGCAGCUAUUUUUUUGAAUAAUGAAAAUCUACUGUGAUAAUGAGGUGGGGUUUAUAUCAUGUAAAGUAUAUGUACUAAUGACUGAUGAAAUGUAAAUAGUAAUGUUUUAAAGUAAUACCGAAUUUACUAAAUUUGACGCGCAUAGACACUGAAUCAGUUGAAGUCGUCAGUGAUGAGCAGUUAAAAUGUGGAAAUGCUCAAAAUUAAAACUGCUGGACACUACUUUUUGUGUGGAGUACUGGUAGGCAUAUUUACGAAGCAUCGAGGCAGAAACUUUGAUUUAAGAUGAUAGACAGUUUCCAGAACCACUAAAAGCUAACAAUAGAUCAGACGUUUAUAUGUUAGUUGGAAAGAAUUUACAGAGGUAAACUGGUAUUUUAAGCAUAUUGUUUAAUGGUAAUCAAAUACACGUUAUCAAAUUCUAGUACAAACCACUUUUAACUGGUGUCUUUAGAUACUAAAACCCUGCCUUUCUAUAGUUUUACUGAUCGGUAUAAAACGACAAAAUAAUUGUGGUUCUACGGAUGAUUGUUCGUUUGGCUAUAUUCUUAGACAUUUCUCGAACUCCACUCAAUGAGUGCACUCAAAUAAAUUGCCUUACUCAGGAAGGAUUUUAUUUGUAUUCAUAAUGGUGAAUGACGGAUGAGGUCCUGUUUCUCAAAGUUCAUAAUGCAAGUUUAGAUAAUAAAUUUACACUAUAUUAAUUCAUUUGAAGGUAAGAUAAUAGUGUCAUGUAUGUAUUUGAAGCGAUAGUACAUAUUUGUGUAAGGUAUUUUGGAAAAAAGAGACACUAGUAUUAUAUUCGUUUUCAACACAUUCUGAUUAGGACAACGAAAAAAACAUAGAAGCAAACUAUUUGAAAAUGGAUAUUGGCUGUCGAAACUUAGUCGAACGGGACACCUCAGUCACUCCUAGAAGCACACGUCGUAGUAACAAAUAUUUACAUAAUUAUCGGUUAAUUAUCGGUUAAUUCAUGCUGAAAAAUAUAAUUAUUCCCUCCAAUUUAAUGUGUCAUUAAGAAAACCUGUAUUUAUUAAAUCUCUAUUGAAUGACAUCGGAAACAUUUAUUUUAUAAAUGAUACAGUUGUAAUAACUGAAAUUUACGCUAGCUUGUUUUCGGGAAACCCCAAGAAUUAAUGGCACGAUUAUACUUCAGUUGUAAAAAUAAAUUUCA